CGGCCAUGGCGGCGGCGGCGGCGGCUGCGGGGAGCGCGGUGCGGGGCGGUCUGUGGCGGGGCGGCCUGAGGCGCUGGUACCGCACCGAGCGGGGCGUCUACGGCUACAGACCGCGGAAGGCGGCCGGCGGGGGGUCGGCGGGGCCGCGCGGCGCCGGGAAAGCAGUUGACCAUGCUCUUGCUCGUUUAGUAACUGCAUACGCUGAACAUGGCCACAAAGCAGCCAAAAUAAACCCACUGUUUGCUGGCCAAGCUGUUAUGAGCACAGUACCUGAAAUCCGAGAGUUGGCAGAAGUUCUUCAAGGGCCUCUCAUUACUACAGCAGGGCUUCUAAACAUGGGAAAAGAGGAGGCUUCCCUGGAGGAUGUGUUGGCUUACCUUGACCAUAUAUACUGUGGACAUAUUUCCAUAGAAACUAGCCAGCUUCCAACUCUGGAGGAGAGAGAGUGGUUUGCUAAAAGGUUUGAAGAGCUAAAACAAGAAGCAUUUACACCUGAAGAGAAGAAGCACUUGUGCAAGCUGAUGUUGGAGUCCCAGGAGUUUGAUCACUUCUUAGCCACGAAGUUUGCCACAGUGAAGCGGUACGGUGGUGAAGGAGCAGAGAGCAUGAUGGGUUUCUUCCAUGAGCUGUUCAAGAUGUGCGCGUACAGCGGUGUGACGGAUAUCAUUCUUGGAAUGCCUCACCGUGGAAGGCUGAAUCUUCUCACAGGUUUACUUCAGCUUCCCCCUGAGCUCAUGUUCCGUAAGAUGCGUGGUUUGAGUGAGUUUCCAGAUAAUUCAGCAGCCAUUGGAGAUGUUCUCUCCCACCUGACAUCUUCUGUAGAUCUUGACUUCGGUUCACACAGGCCUGUGCAUGUCACCUUGCUGCCUAACCCCUCACACUUGGAAGCAAUCAAUCCAGUGGCCGUGGGCAAGACACGAGGAAGGCAACAGACUCUGCUCGAUGGAGAUUAUUCCCCAGAGAGCUCUGCACAGCCUGGAGACAAAGUUAUUUGCCUGCAGGUUCAUGGCGAUGCUGCUUUCUCUGGGCAAGGGAUCGUUCCUGAAACACUGACCCUCUCUAAUCUACCACAUUUCAGAGUUGGUGGGAGCAUCCAUUUGAUUGUUAAUAACCAGCUGGGCUAUACCACUCCUCCAGAGAGAGGAAGGUCAUCCCUGUACUGCAGUGAUAUUGGCAAAAUUGUUGGAUGUGCUGUUAUCCAUGUGAAUGGGGAUGAUCCUGAAGAAGUUGUCCGUGCCACACGACUGGCUGUGGAGUAUCAACGCCAGUUCCGCAGGGACGUGAUAGUAGACUUGCUGUGCUACAGGCAGUGGGGCCACAAUGAACUUGAUGAGCCCUUCUUUACCAACCCCAGCAUGUACAAAAUCAUCAGAUCCCGUAAGAGCAUCCCAGACACGUAUGCAGAACAGCUGGUAGCUGCUGGGCUCAUGACUGAGGCUGAAGUAUCUGAGAUAAAGACGACGUACUAUUCUAAACUGAAUGAUCAUCUUGCCAACAUGACUUUGUACAGUCCACCUCCCACCAACCUGCAGUCUCACUGGAAAGGCUUGGUUGAGCCUUCUGCUCAAAUCACCACUUGGGACACAGGUAUGCCUGUGCCACUUCUGCAGUUCAUUGGAGUCAAGUCCGUAGAGGUGCCUGAGGAGCUCCAGAUGCACAGCCAUCUUCUGAAGACCUAUGCACAGUCAAGACUUCAAAAAAUGGAGGAAGGAAAAAAGCUGGACUGGGCAACAGCUGAAACUUUAGCUUUUGGUUCCCUGCUGAGCCAAGGGUUUAAUAUCAGACUAAGUGGACAAGAUGUUGGCAGAGGAACCUUUAGCCAACGACAUGCAAUGUUGGUUUGUCAGGAGACAGAUGAUACCUACAUUCCUCUGAAUCAUAUGUCCCCAGACCAGAAGGGGUUCCUAGAGGUGAGUAACAGUCCCUUGUCUGAAGAAGCUGUGCUUGGUUUUGAAUAUGGAAUGAGCAUUGAGAGCCCUAAGUUACUGCCAAUAUGGGAAGCUCAAUUUGGAGACUUCUUUAAUGGAGCCCAGAUAAUAUUUGACACUUUCAUCUCUGGAGGUGAGGCCAAAUGGCUGCUGCAGAGUGGGAUAGUAAUUCUUCUCCCCCAUGGCUAUGAUGGUGCAGGCCCCGAGCACUCAUCCUGCCGGAUGGAACGGUUCUUACAGAUGUGUGACAGCUCAGAAGAGGGAGUUGAUGGGGACCAGGUCAACAUGUCAAUUGUGCAUCCCACUACCCCAGCACAGUAUUUCCAUUUACUCCGACGACAAAUGGUCCGAAACUUCAGGAAACCUCUCAUUGUUGUGUCUCCCAAAGUGUUACUCAGGCUCCCUGCUGCUGUGUCAAGUUUUGAAGAAAUGGCCCCAAGGACAACAUUCAGGCCUGUCAUUGGUGACUCCUCAGUAGAUGCUAAAAGUGUCACCCAGGUGGUGAUCUGUUCUGGUAAGCAUUACUAUGCUUUGGUGAAGCAAAGAGAGACCCUAGGAGAGAAACAGCACCACACAGCUAUUCUGAGACUUGAAGAACUGUGUCCUUUUCCCCUGGAAGCUCUACAGCAAGAGUUGAGCAAAUACAGCCGUGCAAAAGUCUUCAUCUGGAGUCAGGAGGAACCACAGAACAUGGGUCCAUGGUCCUUUGUGUCACCACGGUUUGAAAAGCAGCUGGGGGUUAAGCUCCGUCUUGUGAGCAGACCUCCUUUACCAGCCCCAGCAGUUGGCAUUGGAACCCUGCACCACCAGCAGCAGGAAGACAUUCUCACCAAAACAUUUAUCUAAGUUUUUAAAGGACGGACUGUUCCUGCUGUCAGUCAUGUUUGGUGCCUCCUCCUGUGAAGAGCAAAAGCCAGAGCCUUAAGACUUUUUUCAGUUCAACAAAUCAGGGAAAAAAAGAAUGGAACAAGUUCUGUAAUGAUGAAGCAAUUUUUUCAUGUAGGGGAAUACCUAAAGAUGAGAAGUGAUGCCUGUUACUCUAGAUACUUCUUGUUGUCUUGUAGUAUUUUCUACAAAACAUCUUUUUAAAGUAAAAAAAAAAGUAAAAAAAUCCAGUCCAGGGGGCAGAACAAUGAGCUGGAUAUAAAAUACCUUGUAUCAUGUUGCUUAUCUGCACUUGGCAGUUCCCUGGGAUGGUGCAUGUGUGGAAACAGUUUCCAUUUCCACAGAAGCAUUAGUGCUUUAUGGUUGAAUAAAUGCUUCCCUAUGCCUGGGAAAAAGCCUUUUCUGUAGCAGAA